AUGGGUCUCACAUCCCAACUGAUUCCAAUUCUGUUCUGUCUACUAGUAUGUACCGGCAACUUUGUCUACAGCUACAAAUGCAGAAUUGCCUUAAAAGAGACCAUCAACAGUUUGAACCUCCUCACAGAGAAGAAGAACGCAACCAAGGAUGAAAUCUUCUGCAGGGCUGCGACUGUGCUUUCACGAGUCCACACACACAAUAGGCACUUGACCAAACACCUGAGAGGACUCAACAGAAGCAUCAGCAGCAUGACAAAUGUGACCUACUGUCCUGUGAAUGAAGUCAGGAAGAGUACAUUGAAAGACUUCUUGGAAAGGCUGAAUACGAUCAUGAAGGAGAAAUAUUCAAAGUGUGAAAGUCUAACAUUUUAA